AUGGAUACAUUAUCACCACACAACAACGCCAAGGUCAGCAACUCCAGUAGUUCUGGCUGUUCGGCAGCAUCCUCAACAACGGAUAUUAAAACUUCCCAAAAACCCACGGGGCUACGUUCCAAAUCAUUUUUACUCUGUUUGGGUAAACAUUUGGGACGUCACUUCAGCCAUCACCACCAACAUCAUCACCAUCAUACUUUAAGUCACAAUGGCCACACCAUUGUCUACAACAGCCAAGAGGAUUUGCGUAGCUCCUCGACGGAUUCCUUUUCCCUGAGCUAUGAACGCAACUCCCGUUUGGAUAGUUUAAAUAAUGGCAAUGCCGGUACCUCCAGUUUGGAUUUGAGCAGCGAAGAAAUGAAUUCCCGCACAUCAUCGGCCUCGGGCUGUUCCCGGCUAUCCGGCGAUCAGGAAUUAGAUAUGGAAAAUUGCAGCGAAAACCAGCCACACAUUUAUAUCGCCACGACAAUUUAUAGGGCCAGCAGUUCAGUGGAUUGUCACGAUGAUAUUGCGGAUUAUAGUGAGGCGGACAGUGGCAAUUCCAGUAGCGAUGAAAACAACGAAGAGGAGGCAGAAAAUCAGCAAGAUUUGGCAAAUAAUAAAAAUUGCCUCAACGUCAAUGGUAAAAUUACACAAAAAUCAAAAUCCUCACCAGCCUCUGUGUCAAAUACACCAUCAUGUUCGCUGACAACAUCAUCCUCCAAGGGAUUGCAUCUAAGUCGUUUGUCCAUUACAUCGUCCGUGAAAUCUAUGUUGCAACAUUUCUCCACAGUAUCGGGUGUAACAACACGCUCCCUGUCCUGUUCCAGUACACCGCUGAGAAGAGUGUGGGAUACGAAAUGUCGUAAAACUCAAGCAAAUAAUUCCUCUGCAACUAAAUCAUCGGCCUCCUCCAGUUCCUCCUCCUCUUCGUCGAAUUCCUCACGGAAUCAAGCAUCGAACAACAAAAAACCCGAAAAGAAACAGCAGAGUAUUUUGAGGCCACCAAUUCAAUAUGUCUAUAUGAAGGGUAUGUCAGGUCUCUAUUCCAGAGUACCCAGUUAUACAGUCUGUUGUCCCUAUGGCACCCAACAAUGGGCUUAA